CAUUUGUUGCCCCGCUACCAACACAGCACACUAUUCUUGCAGACCUGAAUGUUCUUUCUCUCUCAACACCUCCUUACCAUAGUAAAUGUGUGAUUUCCUCUCUCCUCAGACCCAUUUAUCAGUAUUUCGGUUGCUGUUUCUUUUGCAGUUUUUAUUUUUGCUAAAAUAAAACAAAUAUUCAAUGGGUCAUUGAUGUGUCUACCAACUGAUAUUCUUAGAAAUAAAGUCCUGACAUAUUGCGUCAAAAUCUGUUCAAGGUUCGUCUGCAGCUCGGAUAAACCUGCAGUUUCAGCUCGUCGGUAGCGCCGUGGCCUUGUGCUGAAGCUUUACACAGUUGAAAUAAUAACCUGGAGCAGACAGAAGGCAGUCAUUACCUUGCACACAGACUCUGCAUGUAUGUGUUGACGGAGGACUUCCACUAGAGUGCCGUGGAGAUGGGCAGAGCCGAGCCUUCCAGCCGCUGUUAGACCUGUGGAUCUGCAUCACCUUGGCUAAUGACCCCCUUUUUUUGGCCCACUAAGAUCCUGCUAUGACAGAAAAUCCAUCUAGAGUUUUCAAGAAAAAAAACUCUAAAAUGUGGUUUUCUGUGGGGGGAAAAAAGGGAGCAUAACAAAAACAGGAGACUAAAGAGGGGGAGAGGAAAUGUUUGAGCCCCUGGGGCAUGUGAGCACGGCCUGCUGUUCCAGUGCAGAGAGCUGCCAUUUCAUUGUCUUGGUCUCCACUGAUACGAUCUAGAGAGGACUCUGUUUCUGAAAGCUUUGAGUGAAUGACAUAUGGGGAGCUUGUGUGAGGCGAAACACCCCCGUGCCGCUUCCAGGACUCGAAGUCUUCCUGUGAGAGAGCUCCGUGCAAUUUUUCUGCUUUUUCAAACAGCAGCAGCCUCCCUCUCACUCUCAUUCACCACUCUUCUCCCUCCCGCCCUCUUUUUUUCUGUUGCUCUCACUCCCCCUUUUUUUUCUCUCUUCCUCAGACAGCCACCAGUCACUGGCCGAAGCAGUAAUCCAACAACUCUUUCUCAACAGACAGUCUCCUGAGAGAGCGCGCAGGGCUCCAAGGCUUCUAACACCUAAAAUGAAAAAGAAAAAAGUAGUCCUGUAUUAACAGUUGACGUGCUACAGACUCUACCAGCACCCGAGACCUGUUGAACAAAGUGUGUCAUCCCGUCUACUGGACUGACUGACCUUUUUCCACCAGAUUUCUGCUUAGAAACGACGGCACAGGAGGGGAUAAACACACAGGGAUUCAUCUAUAAUUUCAGUGGAGGUAGAGAAAAGAAAGGGGAGUGUGGUUUGAGAGGACUCAUGGCCAUCUAAGUCCAGGUCUAUGGAAAUGCAGGAUCUAGCCAGUCCUCACAGCCGAGUAAGUGGAAGCAGUGAGUCUCCUAAUGGUCCCAACCUCGACAACUCGCACAUCACUAACAAUUCCAUGACACCUAAUGGCACUGAAGGUGAUAACAUCACAAUGCUUACCACUGCAGACUGGUUGUUAGGUUCUAACUCAGAGUCCACUGCAGUUAAAACAGAGCCAAUGAGCAGCGGUGAAAUUGCCUCCUCAGUUGCAGACCCUCUAGACAGCUUCUCAGGAUCAGCUAUUGGAACCAGUGGCUUCAGCCCAAGACAAACGCACCAGUUCUCUCCGCAGAUUUACCCUUCCAACAGAACAUAUCCGCAUAUUCUUCCUACCCCUUCGUCCCAAAACAUGGCGGCGUAUGGACAGACGCAGUACACCACAGGAAUGCAGCAAGCCGCAGCUUAUGCUAGCUACCCUCAGCCUGGCCAGCCCUACGGCAUCUCAGCUUAUGGUCCAUUGUGGGCAGGCAUAAAGACGGAGGGGGGCCUGAGCCAGUCCCAAUCCCCAGGACAGACGGGCUUCCUGAGCUACAGCUCCGGCUUUACCACACCGCAGACCGGACAGGCCCCCUACAGUUACCAAAUGCAGGGGGGUACUUUUACAACAACAUCAGGACUGUAUGCAGGAAACAACUCCCUGACGAACUCAGCGGGCUUCAACAGCGCACAACAGGAGUACCCCAGUUAUCCAGGCUUUGGCCAGGGCCAAUAUGCUCAGUAUUAUAACAGUUCACCCUACACUUCACCCUACAUGACGAGUAACAACACCAGCCCCAGCACACCCUCCACCACCACCACUUACACCCUCCAGGAGCCACCCACUGGCAUCACAAGUCAAGCCCUCACAGACAACCCAGCAGGAGAGUACAGUACCAUCCACAGUCCAUCAACCCCCAUUAAAGAUUCAGAUUCAGAUCGAUUGCGCCGGGCCUCGGAUGGAAAGUCACGUGGCCGUGGCAGAAGGAACAACAACCCAUCACCGCCGCCCGACUCCGACCUUGAGCGGGUUUUCAUCUGGGACCUGGAUGAAACAAUCAUCGUUUUCCAUUCCUUGCUUACGGGUUCUUAUGCCAACAGAUACGGACGGGAUCCACCGACAUCUGUGUCUUUAGGCCUGAGGAUGGAAGAAAUGAUCUUCAACUUGGCCGACACACAUUUAUUCUUUAAUGACUUGGAGGAAUGUGACCAGGUACACAUCGACGACGUGUCUUCUGACGAUAAUGGCCAGGAUCUAAGUACGUAUAACUUCAGCGCCGAUGGUUUCCAUGCAGCUGCCACCAGUGCCAACCUGUGCCUGGCCACAGGCGUGCGCGGAGGCGUGGACUGGAUGAGAAAACUGGCCUUCCGUUACAGACGAGUAAAAGAAAUCUACACCACCUACAAAAAUAACGUCGGAGGUCUGCUGGGCCCAGCCAAAAGGGAAGCCUGGUUGCAAUUGCGAGCAGAAAUUGAAGCCUUGACGGACUCCUGGUUAACACUGGCACUGAAAGCACUAACAUUAAUCCACUCAAGGUCAAACUGUGUGAAUAUCCUGGUGACCACCACACAGCUCAUCCCCGCCCUGGCUAAAGUCCUGCUUUACGGCUUGGGAGUCGUCUUUCCUAUAGAAAAUAUUUAUAGUGCAACCAAAAUAGGAAAGGAGAGCUGCUUCGAGAGAGUAAUUCAAAGGUUCGGGAGGAAAGUUGUUUACAUUGUUGUUGGAGAUGGAGUAGAAGAAGAGCAAGGCUCAAAAAAGCACAACAUGCCCUUCUGGAGGAUCUCCAGCCACUCAGACCUCAUGGCCCUCCAUCACGCUCUAGACCUGGAAUAUUUGUAGCACUGCACCACCACCACCACACCUCCCAGCGCCUCAGCACAUCAAGCAACCUUUCUGCAUCACCCUUUGACCCCGUCCCACGCUUGCUGCAGCCGCCAGGGCUCGGACAGGAAAAAGGCCCCCCCUUUUUGCCGCCCGGCAUCUGUCUUUCACUCCAAAUGAAGAAAAGGCGAGGAGAGAGGAAAACGGAGCGUGCGGUCACCGUGCUGACACACAGUCGCACGUCGUUUUAACCCAGAACAGUUUUUUCUUUUCCCUCUGCUAACCGAAGGAAAGGUAGCGGUGAAUUUAUGACGCAGCAGCUGUUUGCCCUAGGUUUCUGUGAAUCAGUCAGUUUCGGAGGCUGUCAGAGUGUUUUACGGCCUCCCCCGGUUUGUACCGAGACUUUGUUCAGGGUGCACACCUGUGAUGAAAGCAGGGGCCUGCCUCGCUUCACCUCACCACAGAACUCGACUACUGCUGGUGACUUUUCUGCAUCCUUCUAGCUUCAUCUCCGUCUGCUCUUCCCGUUUUCUUCAUUUGAUCUCCCCACUUUGAAGCAGACGAAGCUCCGCCGUCAAGAGUCGGCCCGGGAAUCUUUUAAUUUAUGAACAGAGACUUGUGGCACGGCGCCACGGGGAAGGUACCUCAAUGACAAAGACUUGUGCCUUUCACAAAGUACUAUUGAUUUCCACCACCUUGAAUGGAAGAAACAAAAAAAAUGGGGGUUUUCUAAUAAUUUAAGAAAAUUAGCAAAAAAAUUUAUUUACAACGCUGAGACAAUCGUGUACAGAAGAAAAUUUUUGUGUGUGUAAGUUUGUAAUCACUGGACUGUUCUUCCCUAUAUUCAUUUAGGUACACGCUCUUGAAAAGCGGCAAUGCUUUUCAGUGGAGGUACAGCAAAAAAAAAAACAUCCCCUCGCAAACUUGCGCGACACCUUAAAGUGUUGAUGUGUUCAAGUGACGUUUGAUAAACAAAAUAUGUAGAUAAUGGAAUUAUGUGAUCAAUUGUUUUGUCAAGACCAAAAGCAUGGGUGUCAAAUGUCAAGGACCUUUCCUUUCAUUCUGUCAUAUUAACGCUUUUCAAACACACAUUUCACACAGAGAGAGCAUGUUGUUGUUGUUGUUUUUUACCAGAAAGGUAGCUCCACCUGUGUCCUUCUUGCAUUUCACCAGCUUGCAGCCCUGACCCCACUGACCCGACAGCAGACUCCUCUCUAAUGAUGGUUUCUGCCUCCCGAGAGCCGAUGAAAAGACAAAUUUGAAUAUUUAAACAAGCAGGCUUGAAUAGGUUUUAUUAUCUUUUAUACAAGCACUAUAAAAAAAACUCUUGUACAGCAGGCAUAAUUUUGUAUGAUGUUGUGUUUUUAUUUCAACAUUGACAAGGCGUUCUGCCCCCACACCCCCCCCUCCACCAUCCUUUGAGCACAGCAUCCAUGAAUCCCUUUCAGUAGUGCGUCUUCAUCUGUUGGGUGGAGUGGGGGGGCAUAAAUUGCAGUAAGAGAAAAGCCACUAACUUUACGGGGUUUGUGAACUUACAGGACAUGUGCUUUCAACUGUGAAUUUCUUAAACAGAAACCAUCUUGUGUUUCUAACCUCCACCUCCCACUUUUGCACAUGGUCACUGUCGGCUUGUUCCUUUUUUUUUUUUUUUCUUUAGUUUGAAUCUCUUUCCCCUCAGAACAGACCCCCUUUAUCCCAAAAUGAUCUCCCCUGAUCUCCCCACCCCCACCCACAUGCACCCAGACCUUUAAAAAAAACAACCCUGCACUCUGGGGUAUCUACAUAUUGCUGCUAGGUCAAGGUAAUGGUAGGUAAAUAGAGGAAAUGUUUUAUAGAGUCAAACAGCACGCUUUUAUGUUGAUUUGCAAUCAUAAAUGCAAACUGGAAAUACUUUACACUAUGUGGGCCUCAUUGUGAAAACGCAAAAGAUUGUUGUGUCUGCAAAAUAUGUGUACAGAUGUUUUUGACAUUAUUAUUUGACUGUGUUUAAAUUAAUAAAACUGAUUUAUGAACUCUUA